UGAGUGGGGAAAAAGCACCUCCCACCACAAGCUAUUCUGUCCCACUCCACUCUCUGCCCAGCAGCUCCCUCAGUUGCUUUGCCUACGCAGUCUCACUGUGUCAUCUUCCCUGGGUCUCUUGGUCCCCUUCCUUUUCACUGUGCCUCCAUCCUUCUCCUGCUCCUCUUCUUCCUCCUCCCGACCACCCAACUUUGUCCUGGCCUCAUUUUUGGCCUCUUCUGGCCAGUGAUCAGACCCUCCGGCCCACUAGGGCCAGAGCUGGCUGGGCCUGAGGGAGCUUGGCCUGAGGACUCCUGAGUCCCCCUCCCACUCCACUCCGUUGGGAGCCCAGGGGAAUCAGGGCCUGGGCGUCUGGACCCCAGGGUCCCUUAGAAGGCCCUGCAGAAAGAGGAACUAAGAGGAGAGGGUUAGAAGAGAGUGGGCCCGCCCUCAGGGUCUGGGGCCUUCCAGGUUGGGUCGUAGGGGCGGGAGCGCACAGGCUGCGACAGAGGAGCAAAGGUUGGUGGAGUGAGAAGAGCGGUCUGGGGCCUGGCUGGACAGGCCCCCGACAGCUGCUCGCGGGAGCCGCCUCCCGACACCCGAGCCCCGCCGGCGCCUCCCGCUCCCGGCUCCCGGCUCCUGGCUCCCUCCGCCUCCCCCGCCCCUCGCCCCGCCGCCGAAGAGGCCCCGCUCCCGGGUCGGACGCCUGGGUCUGUCGGGAAGAGCGAUGAGAGGUGUCUGAAGAUGGCUAUUCACUGAGCGAUGGGGUUGGACUUGAAGGAAUGCCAAGAGAUGCUGCCCCCACCCCCUUAGGCCUGAGGGAUCAGGAGCUAUGGGGCCAGAGGCCCUGUCAUCUUUACUGCUGCUGCUCUUGGUGGCAAGUGGAGAUGCUGACAUGAAGGGACAUUUUGAUCCUGCCAAGUGCCGCUAUGCCCUGGGCAUGCAGGACCGGACCAUCCCAGACAGUGACAUCUCUGCUUCCAGCUCCUGGUCAGAUUCCACUGCCGCCCGCCACAGCAGGUUGGAGAGCAGUGAUGGGGAUGGGGCCUGGUGCCCUGCAGGGUCGGUGUUUCCCAAGGAGGAGGAGUACUUGCAGGUGGAUCUACAACGACUGCACCUGGUGGCUCUGGUGGGCACCCAGGGACGGCAUGCCGGGGGCCUGGGCAAGGAGUUCUCCCGGAGCUACCGGCUGCGUUACUCCCGGGAUGGUCGCCGCUGGAUGGACUGGAAGGACCGCUGGGGUCAGGAGGUGAUCUCAGGCAAUGAGGACCCUGAGGGAGUGGUGCUGAAGGACCUUGGGCCCCCCAUGGUUGCCCGACUGGUUCGCUUCUAUCCCCGGGCUGACCGGGUCAUGAGUGUCUGUCUGCGGGUAGAGCUCUAUGGCUGCCUCUGGAGGGAUGGACUCCUGUCUUACACCGCCCCUGUGGGGCAGACAAUGUACUUAUCUGAGGCCGUGUACCUCAACGACUCCACCUAUGACGGACAUACCGUGGGCGGACUGCAGUAUGGGGGUCUGGGCCAGCUGGCAGAUGGUGUGGUGGGGCUGGAUGACUUUAGGAAGAGUCAGGAGCUGCGGGUCUGGCCAGGCUAUGACUAUGUGGGAUGGAGCAACCACAGCUUCUCCAGUGGCUACGUGGAGAUGGAGUUUGAGUUUGACCGGCUGAGGGCCUUCCAGGCUAUGCAGGUCCACUGUAACAACAUGCACACGCUGGGAGCCCGUCUGCCUGGCGGGGUGGAAUGUCGCUUCCGGCGUGGCCCUGCCAUGGCCUGGGAGGGGGAGCCCAUCCGCCACAACCUAGGGGGCAACCUGGGGGACCCCAGAGCCCGGGCUGUCUCAGUGCCCCUUGGCGGCCGUGUGGCUCGCUUUCUGCAGUGCCGCUUCCUCUUUGCGGGACCCUGGUUACUCUUCAGCGAAAUCUCCUUCAUCUCUGAUGUGGUGAAUAAUUCCUCUCCGGCACUGGGAGGCACCUUUCCGCCAGCCCCCUGGUGGCCGCCUGGCCCACCUCCCACCAACUUCAGCAGCUUGGAGCUGGAGCCCAGAGGCCAGCAGCCCGUGGCCAAGGCUGAGGGGAGCCCGACCGCCAUCCUCAUCGGCUGCCUGGUGGCCAUCAUCCUGCUCCUGCUGCUCAUCAUUGCCCUCAUGCUCUGGCGGCUGCACUGGCGCAGGCUCCUCAGCAAGGCUGAACGGAGGGUGUUGGAAGAGGAGCUGACGGUUCACCUCUCUGUCCCUGGGGACACUAUCCUCAUCAACAACCGCCCAGGUCCUAGAGAGCCACCCCCGUACCAGGAGCCCCGGCCUCGUGGGAAUCCGCCCCACUCCGCUCCCUGUGUCCCCAAUGGCUCUGCGUUGCUGCUCUCCAAUCCAGCCUACCGCCUCCUUCUGGCCACUUACGCCCGUCCCCCUCGAGGCCCGGGCCCCCCCACACCCGCCUGGGCCAAACCCACCAACACCCAGGCCUACAGUGGGGACUAUAUGGAGCCUGAGAAGCCAGGCACCCCGCUUCUGCCCCCACCUCCCCAGAACAGCGUCCCCCAUUAUGCCGAGGCUGACAUUGUUACCCUGCAGGGCGUCACCGGGGGCAACACCUAUGCUGUGCCUGCACUGCCCCCAGGGGCAGUCGGGGAUGGGCCCCCCAGAGUGGAUUUCCCUCGAUCGAGGCUCCGCUUCAAGGAGAAGCUUGGCGAGGGCCAGUUUGGGGAGGUGCACCUGUGUGAGGUCGACAGCCCUCAAGAUCUGGUCAGUCUUGAUUUCCCCCUUAAUGUGCGUAAGGGACACCCCUUGCUGGUAGCUGUCAAGAUCUUACGGCCAGAUGCCACCAAGAAUGCCAGGAAUGAUUUCCUGAAAGAGGUGAAGAUCAUGUCGAGGCUCAAGGACCCAAACAUCAUCCGGCUGCUGGGCGUGUGUGUGCAGGAUGACCCCCUCUGCAUGAUUACUGACUACAUGGAGAACGGUGACCUCAACCAGUUCCUCAGCGCCCACCAGCUGGAGGACAAGGCAGCCGAGGGGGCCCCUGGGGACGGGCAGGCUGCGCAGGGGCCCACCAUCAGCUACCCAAUGCUGUUGCAUGUGGCAGCCCAGAUCGCCUCCGGCAUGCGCUAUCUGGCCACACUGAACUUUGUACAUCGGGACCUGGCCACGCGGAACUGCCUAGUUGGGGAAAAUUUCACGAUCAAAAUCGCAGACUUUGGCAUGAGCCGGAACCUCUAUGCCGGGGACUAUUACCGUGUGCAGGGCCGGGCAGUGCUGCCCAUCCGCUGGAUGGCCUGGGAGUGCAUCCUCAUGGGGAAGUUCACGACUGCGAGUGACGUGUGGGCCUUUGGCGUGACCCUGUGGGAGGUGCUGAUGCUCUGCAGGGCCCAGCCCUUUGGGCAGCUCACCGACGAGCAGGUCAUCGAGAAUGCGGGGGAGUUCUUCCGGGACCAGGGCCGGCAGGUGUACCUGUCCCGGCCGCCUGCCUGCCCGCAGGGCCUAUAUGAGCUGAUGCUUCGGUGCUGGAGCCGGGAGUCUGAGCAGCGACCACCCUUUUCCCAGCUGCAUCGGUUCCUGGCAGAGGAUGCACUCAACACGAAGCCCCUGUCGCCCACCCAGCUGGCCCUGUGGAUGGGAUCCUCUCCAACCUCCUCCAGCCAUCCCUUGGGGAAGGGUGGGGGGAAAUAUAGGAUAGACACUGGACAUGGCCCAUUGGAGCACCUGGGCCCCACUGGACAACACUGAUUCCUGGAGAGGUGGCUGUGCCCCCAGCUUCCCUCUCCCUGUCACACACUGGACCCCACUGGCUGAGAAUCUGGGGGUGAGGAGGACAAGAAGGAGAGGAAAAUGUUUCCUUGUGCCUGCUCCUGGACUUGUCCUCAGCUUGGGCUUCUUCCUCCAUCACCUGAAACACUGGACCUGGGGGUAGCCCCGCCCCAGCCCUCAGUCACCCCCACUUCCCACCUGCAGUCUUGUAGCUAGAACUUCUCUAAGCCUGUACGUUUCUGUGGAGUAAAUAUUGGGAUUAGGGGGAAAGAGGGAGCAAUGGCCCAUAGCCUUGGGGUUGGACAUUUCUAGUGUAGCUGCCACAUUGAUUUUUCUAUAAUCACUUGGGGUUUGUACAUUUUUGGGGGGAGAGACACAGAUUUUUACACUAAUAUAUGGACCUAGCUUGAGGCAAUUUUAAUCCCCUGCACUAGGCAGGUAAUAAUAAAGGUUGAGUUUUCCACAA